CCGAGGCUCCGGCGGUCGGGGCGGCCGCGGGGCUUCGCUCCCGCCACCCCGCUCCCGCCGCCCCCAUGGACCGACCCGCGGCGCGGCCAGCCCGGCGUGGGAGCUGAGCCCGGAGCCCACGCAAGCCGCCCGCGGAUGAUGGGUACGACGGCCAGCGCGGCACAGCAGGCGGUCCCAGCAUCCCCUCCAGAGAGUGGGGCACCAGGUGACAGCAGCAUGGAGGACCAGCACUCCCUCAGCAUCCACUCCUUCCAGACCCUGGGGCUCCACAACAGCAAGGCCAAGUCCAUCAUCACCAACAAAGUGGCGCCCGUGGUCAUCACGUACAACUGCAGAGAGGAGUUUCAGAUCCACGAUGACCUGCUGAAGGCCAACUACACUGUGGGACGCAUUUCUGAGGCCACCCUCGAGCACUACCUUGUGCAGGGGAAGUAUUUCCUGGUCAGGGAUGUGUAUGGCAAGCUGGAUGUGUUGAACACUACUGGCAGCUGCGGGGCUCCCAACUUCCGCCAGGCCAAAGGAGGCUACGCUGUGUUCGGCAUGGGGCAGCCCAGCCUCAACGGCUUCAAGCUCGUCCUGCAGAAGCUGCAGAGAGAAGGCCACAAGGAAUGUGUUUUCUUCUGCGUGCGCGAGGAGCCGGUGGUGUUCCUGCGGCUGGAGGGGGACUUCGUGUCCUACACCCCCCGGGGCAAGGAGAACCUGCACGAGAACCUGCAGCAGGGAGGGAGGGCAGAGAGCCUGGAGCUGGCCAUCCGGAAGGAGAUCCAUGACUUUGCUCAGCUGAGCGAGAGCCUCUACUACGUCUACAACGACCUGGAGCGGCUGCGGGACGAGCCCCACCCGGUGCGGGUGCAGGGCGAGGAGGACAUCCAGGUGACCGAGGAGGUGUACCGCAGGCCCAUCUUCCUCCUGCCCUCCUACAGGUACCACCGGCUGCCGCUGCCCGCCGAGGGAGCGCCGCUGGAGGAGCAGUUCGAUGCCUUCCUCUGCUUCCUCAGGGAGAGCCCCAGCCUGCUGCUGCGGGACCCCAGCAGACCCCCGCCGGCUCUGCUCUUUGGCUGCCAGACUGGAGUGGGCAGGACCAACCUGGCCAUGGCCAUGGGCACCCUGGUCCUCCACCACCACCGAGGAGCCACCCAGAAGCCUGACCUCUCCCACCUGCCUAAAUCAUCUCCCAGGGACAGACUUCGAGUCAUCCAGACUUUCAUUGAGAUGGUCCCCAAGGGCCAGCAGAUAGUUGAGGAGGUGGACAGUGCCAUUGCCUCCUGCUCGGAGAUGCACGACAUGAAGGAAGCCAUCUACGAGUACAAGAAGAAGCUGGAAGGGAUUGGGGAGGACUAUCAGAUCCAGGGGAGCAGCACCAAAGAGUAUUUCCUCCAGAGGACUUUGCAGAGCCUCCAACGCUACUUCUACCUGAUUGCUUUCAACUACUAUCUCCAUGAGCAGUACCCCCUGGGCUUUGCCCUCAGCUUCAGCAGGUGGAUGUGCAGGCACCCCGAGCUCUACCGGCUGCAGGCAGAGAUGAACUCCUCGGAGCUCAGCGUCGCCGGGGACCUCGUCACCAAGGGGACACGGGUGCUGGUGGCAGACGAACGCUUCUGCCCGGACGUGCUGAGCACCGCCAGGGACAUGAGCGUGGCCAACUUCCGACGGGUGCCCAAGAUGCCAGUCUAUGGGAUGGCACAACCCAGCUGCAAGAGCCUGGGCAGCGUGCUGCGGUACCUGACGGAUGCCAAGCGCAAGCACGCCCGCAUCGUCUGGGUCAGCCUGCGGGAGGAAGCUGUGCUGGAGGCCAACGACCAGAUCUAUACCCUGAGGGAGCCUGGCCACUUGGAGGAGCUGAUCCCUGUGCCUGCUGCCUCACCCCAGCAGCUGGAGAAGCUAGAGGCCACCCUGAAGGCCGACCUGCUGAAGUGCCAGAAGUGGCUGGAGGUGUACCUGGAAUCAGAGAAGCAGAUGAAGAUGUUCAAGAGCUGCCUGACCACGCAGGAGAUCUUCAGCCAACAGAAGAGCUCCUACCAGGGCCUGACCUACCGCCGCAUCCCCAUCCCUGACUUCUGCGCUCCCAAGGAGCAGGACUUUGACCGGCUGCUGGAGGCGAUGAGGAGUGCCUUGGCGGAGGACUCGAGGGCUGCCUUCGUCUUCAACUGCUCCAGCGGCCGGGGCAGGACCACCACGGCCAUGGUCAUCGCUGUCCUCACCCUCUGGCACUUCAAUGGCUUCCCUGAGAUGAGUGAGGAGGAAAUUGUCAGCGUGCCUGAUGCCAAGUACACCAAAGGGGAGUUUGAGGUGGUGAUGAAGGUGGUCCAGCUGCUGCCUGACGGUCACAGGAUGAAGAAGGAGGUGGACAUGGCCCUGGACACCGUCAGUGAGACCAUGACCCCCAUGCACUAUCACCUCCGGGAGAUCAUCAUCUGCACCUUCCGCCAGGGGAAGUCGGGCAGGGAUGAGAAGGAGAGGCGGACGCUGCACCUGAGGAGCCUGCAGUACCUGGAGCGCUACCUCUACCUGAUUCUCUUCAACUCCUACCUGCACCUGGAGAAGAAGGACUCCUGGCAGCGGCCCUUCAGCCUCUGGAUGCGUGAGGUGGCUGCAGUGGCUGGCAUCUACGAGGUCCUCAACCAGUUGGGCUUCCCAGAGCUGGAGAGCCUGGAGGGCAAGGUGCUGAGCACGCUGCGGGGCCGCUGGCAAGCCCAGGCCGGCACCUCCCGCCCCUUCCGCGGGGACUUUGGGUAGGGCCUGGGGCGCCGAGAGCCUCCCUGCUGGGGAG